CAAAAUGCCAGAACCGAAAGCUGCACCCGCGCCGAAGAAAGGCUCCAAGAAGGCUGUUGCCAAGAGCCAGCCUAAGGGAGGAAAGAAGCGCAGAAAGAGCAGGAAGGAGAGCUACGCGAUCUACGUGUACAAAGUGCUGAAGCAGGUCCACCCCGACACCGGCAUCUCCUCCAAAGCGAUGGGCAUCAUGAACUCGUUCGUCAACGACAUUUUCGAGCGCAUCGCCGGCGAGUCGUCCCGCCCGGCUCACUACAACAAGCGCUCCACCAUCACUUCCCGGGAGAUCCAGACAGCCGUGCGCCUCCUGCUGCCCGGAGAGCUGGCCAAGCACGCCGUGUCUGAGGGCACCAAGGCCGUCACCAAGUACACCAGCUCCAAGUAAACCGAGCCCGUCCCUGCCCCGUCCUGACAACAACACAAAGGCUCU